AUGGCAGAAACUACUGAUGAUUUAGCUUCACAUUACAUCGACCAAAUAGGUUGGGGAAAAUAUCAAUGGUAUAUUUUCCAGCAAUGUUUUCUGGUAACUUUAAAUUAGUCAUACAUGAGCUUUCAAAGCCUAGUCAUUACUCCUAGCUAUUAUGCAUCAGAUCUUGAAAAUGAAUGAGGAAUCUCAAAUAAGGAAAAGGGUAUUAUGAGCACAAUGUUUCAACUGGGCUGCAUUGUAGGGUCUUAUCUAUGAGGCUCCUUAUCUGAUCAUUAUGGCCGCACUUUCGCAAUGAAAAUAGACUCAAUUGUUAUAGUGUUUUCUUGCUUUAUUAUAAUUUUUUCGGAAAAUUACAUAGGGCUUACUAUAUUAUUAUUUUUCUUUGGAUUUGGGGUGAUUGGGCAUUUAGCUCUAAUCUCUGUGACUUUUAAGGAAUUUUGCCCAACAGAAAAUUUGAAUUUAAUGCCUAGGCUAAAUUUAGGAGCUCCAAGUGGCGGGGUAAUUUUUUGCUUACUCCCCCCUCUGUGAGCGAAAAAAAAUUUUUGUUUACUUAUGACAUAUAAAUUUUAUAGAAUUUAUUUUCAAAUUAAAAUAAUUCCAAAUAAUUUUAAAGCAAAUAUUAAUUUAAUUUGUAAAAUUAUGCUUUUAAAAUGCAAGCUAUUUAAAAUUAAGCAGAGAUCUCAUUAUAAUAAUUGUCAUAUAUAUAUAUAUAUCAAAAAACUUUUCAAUAAAAAUUUUUAUAUUAAAAUAAUUCUUUGCUCGCUCAUAGAGGGUUGGUAUUUUCCAAAAUAUAGGGAUUUUUCCAAUAUUUUUAUUCAUGGAGGGGAGUUAGCAGCUGUAUUGAUUGAAAUAUUUAAUUCUCAAUAUAUUGAAAAUUGAAAAAUGAUUGCAAUAAUAAAUUUUUUUUGCAAUCUAAUUAUUUCUAUCUUAAAAAUCGAUAUGGACGAGACACCCGGAUUUUUAGUUGUCCACAAAAAAUAUUCUAAAGCCGAAGAAAUUUUGAAAAAAAUCCAAACUUAUAAUGGGAAAGAUGGACUAAUUCCAAUAAAUUUACAGUAUGAUUGUGAAAUGAACGAAAAUGGAAUUCCUUCGCAGCCAAAAAGCCAUAUAAAAAUGCUAUUUUCUAAAACCUUUGUCAGAUCAACAAUAUUUUUUUGUUUGGUAUUUUUUACUACGAGUUUUGCAACAGUAAGUGUAGUUAUGUUUAUGCCCGAAUACCUAAGCCAAUUUCCCGUAAUUUUAAGUUGAAUUAUAAUCGCAAUCCAAAACUUAGCUGGAUUUCCAUGCUUAUUUUUCGCACCUUAUUUAGUUAAUUCAAAACUAGGCAGAAAAUAUACAUUGGUUUAUUGUCAAAUUAUUAUGUCUUUGGCAGUGAUUUUAUUUGCUUUUAUAAAGCAGCCGAUUCUCGUAAUUUUUAUUUACUCCCCCCCCCCCUCCGUGAGCGAACAAAAAAAUUUUGUUCGCUCACGGAGGGGGGUUAAUUUUUUUUUUUAAAAAAAAAAUUUAUAUAUAAAUUUUAUAAAAAAAUAUUUUUUUUCGAAAUUUAAAAAAAUCCUAAUUUGCAAAAAUUGGGGAAGCAAAUAUUAAUUUAAUUUGCAAAAUUUAUGUUUUAAAACGCAAUUUGUUUAAAAUUAAACAGAAUUAGCUCUAGAUUUCAUUAUACUAAUUAUCACUUAUAUAUCAAAAUUUUUUUCCAUUAAAAUUUUUUCUAUUAAAAAAAUUUUUGUUCACUCACGGAGGGUGGGUUUUUGGUCAAAAAAUGGCGAUUUUUCUAAUGGUUUUGUUCGCUCACGGAGGGGGGGGGGGGAGUUAGAUCAUAAUUAUAACUUCAGUUUUGAUGGGAGUAAACACCCUUUCAUAUGCAUCUUUGUUUUUAUUUGCAGUAGAAAGCUAUCCUAUUGAGGUAGAAAACACUGCUCAAGGCGUCUUUUUAGCAUCUUCGGGAGUGGGGUCUCUUACUGGCCCUCUAUUAGCGGGGGUAGUUCUUGAUUGAAAAAAUGGCCAUGAAAUAUCGCUGGUAUUUUUUGGAAUGGUUUUCCUUAUUUGUGCUUCAUGCUCCUUCAUGCUAAAAGAAACAAGACAAAAUACACAAAAAUAA